AUGACAAGUGUACAGGAUGCUGUGAUGUGGGCUGUUAUUAUGAUGAGCUUUUAUGCUAUGCUCAGAAAAUCACAAUUCGCUAACAAUUCAAGGACAACGUUUAACCCUAAGGAGCAGUUAACCAGAGGUGAUAUUCAAAUUACUGAGGAAGGAUUAAUUAUCGAUAUACAGUGGUCAAAAACUAGUCAAAAAAAUAAAAAUAUUCACCAGAUUCCUCUUAAAAGAGUCGAGGAUUGUACUCUAUGCCCGGUACUGGCUUAUUCUAGAAUGGUAACAAUGUUGCCUGCACUACCAGGAGAACCCGCUUUUGGUCUAAGUGAUAGUAAGGGAAAGAUUUGUGCCUUUUCAAAGUCAGACAUAGACAAAAAAAUUCUUCACAAACUCUUAGUGCGUUGCGGAAUAGACACUUCACAAUACUCUUUUCACAGCUUGCGUAGAGGCGGUGCAACUUGUGCAUCAGCUGCUGGAUGCUCAGACUCAGAAAUUUGUACAAUAGGCAAUUGGACUUCCUCUUGCUACAAGGGCUACAUCAAACACUCUACUGACAAACUUUAUUACAUUUCAAGCAAGAUGGGACUUUUUUGCAAACUUUCCAACUGA